AUGGAGGAACACGGACCUGGACAGGAGAGCCUAUCUCUGGGCGGCCCAGCCUCACAUCCCGAGGCCUCACAUCCCGAGGCCUCACAUCCCGAGGCCUCACAUCCCGAGGCCUCACACACACCUCCUGCCAGCGACACCUGCCCCCUGCCCAAGAUGUGGGAGGAGAAAUGGGACGCGGAGAAUGGCGUGAGCUGCCCGCCGGUCUUCUCGGCGUUGCCGUGGAACCAGUACUUUGAACAGCAGCAGGAUGUGAGCGUGGCGGAGGACGUGUUCCGUGUCUACAGGAGCGGCUCAGACGGCCCUCUGCUGGUGCUGCUGCACGGGGGGGGGUACUCCGCCCUGUCCUGGGCUCUCUGCUCGACAGCCAUCUCCAGGAGGGUGACCUGCAGAGUGCUGGCCAUGGACCUCAGAGGUCACGGUGCCUCUCAGGUGCUUCAUUCAGAUGACCUCUCCACUCAGACCAUGUCAAGGGAUGUAGCCAAUGUGGUGAAGGCGUGCUACGGCGAGGCUCCGCCCCCCAUCGUGCUGGUUGGCCACGGCGUGGGCGGGGCGAUUGCGGUGCACACGGCCAGCAGCAUGCUCCUCUCCUCCACCGUGGGGCUGGUGGCCAUAGACGUGGUGGAAGGCAGUGCUAUGGAGCUGUUGCACACCAUGCAGAACUUUCUGAAGGGACGACCCAAGUCCUUCUCAUCUGUGGACGAGGCCGUGGAGUGGACGGUGAAGAGUGGACAGAUCAGGAACCUGGAGUCAGCCAGGGUAUCAGUGGUGGGACAGGUGAAGAGGUGUGAGGUGACCGAGGGUGACCAAUCAGAACUCAGUCUUGUGAGUGAGGUGGUUGUCGAGGGCAACCAGGAAGUUCCGGAUCAGAACCAGAUCAAAGAGAAGACAGCUGCUGAGGUACCUGAAGCAGAGGCAGGAGUGUAUCGCUGGCGUAUUGACCUGUCUAAAGCAGAGAAGUACUGGGAUGGCUGGUUCAGAGGCAUCUCCAACCUGUUCCUGGGAUGCAACCUGCCCAAGCUGCUGCUACUGUCAGGUGUAAAUAGGCUGGACAGGUCCCUUACUAUAGGCCAAAUGCAAGGUAAAUUCAUGAUGCAGGUGCUGCCCCAUUGUGGCCAUGCAGUGCAUGAGGACACACCAGAAAAAGUAGCGGAUGCUCUGGCUAGUUACCUGUUGAGACACAAGUUUGCUGAGGCAAGGGGAGUCACCAAGAGGUGAAAGACACAUGGACAGAAACCAGGCUAACAUGUUCACAGGCUAACAUGCUAUCAUGGUAACAUUCUAUUGUACUGACAAGCUAAUACGCUAUUGUACAGACAAGUUAUCAUACUUAAAAGCUGGCUUUCAUACUGACGAGCUAACAAGCUAAUCCUCCUCUUCUCACCCCCGUUUGGUCCAGUGCCUCCUAUCCCUUUACACGAUGAACGCCCCCGUUUCAUCACCUCCACCACCUGCCUCUCCAACCUCCACCACCUCCUCAGCCUCCUCCACCUCUCUCCAGC